CGGGAUAAGAAAGCUGCUCAACCGUUCACAAUAUCUACGCCGAGCAAGAGGAAACGCGUCGGCGACGCGGACGAUGACGAAGCACCGAGUGAUGCUGACGAACAAUUCCUAGGGGAGGAUGAUGAGGGGGAUGAGUAUGCUGCACCGCGUAAGCCCCGGGUCAGCGGGAAGGGAAAGGGAAAGGCGCGCGGACCGCCUGCGCCUAAGAAGCCUCGCGGAACCAGAAAUCUACCUGCCACAGAGAAACCAUCGGCGCGUAGAGGGCGCAAACCAGCAAAUACGCAGAUGAAUACUGCGAGGGCACCUGCAGAGGCGAGAAUAUCUGACGACAAUGCCUUGUUCAAUGCUAUUAUGAACCCUGCAGCCGCCCUACAAUCUACCGUUGAAGACUUCCUUGACUCGUUUCAACAAGCUUCGGAGCCUGCACUUGCGGACCUGAUCACUUGUGUACUUCGGACGUGCGGUUCCAAUGAGGCCGUGGAUGCCGACAGGGCCGUUGAUUAUGAUGGCGUAGUUGAUGCUUUGGACGAUUUUACUGAGCGACUCAAAGAGGAUGAAGCUCCGACAUACCCUCUCACCUCGAAACAUCCAAUGUUCAAAAAGUUUCGCAAAUCAUUGUCGGAAUUUCUGAUGCGCCUUGUUCAAUCUGCGGCAGAGAUGGGCAUCCUAUACACUUCUGACCUGCUUAUGACCAUUCAAGCCUGGGUAGUGGCGAUGUCGUCGUCUCAACUACGUAGUUUCCGACAUACUGCAACAGUCAUUGCGUUAGAGAUAGAGACUACUUUGUGCGAUGUUGCUGCGGCCGUGGAAAAGGAGGCGGAACUGAUAACUCGGCAGCGCGAGGGUGAACGCAAGCGCAAGGGGAAAAAAGGUGCAUCGAGCGGGCGUGAGAAGGAGUUUGAGGCCAAGGCUGCUGAAGUGAAGGAACGACGCUCAAAACUCUCAGAAUUUCUUAAGGAGUUUUUCGACGGCGUAUUCAUUCAUCGAUAUCGAGACCUUGAUCCAAAUAUUCGCGCCGAAUGCGUACAUGCAAUGGGCGAGUGGUUGAAGAGGUUUCCUGCCCACUUCCUUGACGGGCAAUAUUUGCGAUAUAUUGGAUGGGUUCUGUCAGAUACAAAUAUCCACGUCAGGCUUGAAGCAGUCAAGGCACUGGCAUCGUUAUAUGCGAAACCAGAUUAUAUGAUAUCUCUUCAGUCAUUCACGGAACGCUUCAAACCACGGUUGGUGGAAAUGGCUACUGGUGAUACGGAAAUGGCUGUGCGCGUCGCUGUUGUACAGGUGCUCAGUGCAGUGGAUGCCCAAGGACUGCUUGAUGAAUCCCAGCGUGUCACGCUUUGUCUCCUUAUCUUUGACAAAGAUGCGAAGGUGCGCCGAGCAGUGAGUGAUUUCGUUCGAGGAGUCUGGGAGGAUGCUGCACAACAGCGGCUUGUAGGAAAGAAGAACCCGACAGAGAAGGAGAAGAAACGAGCUGACCUGAAGGCCCUCGCUCAACUGCUCGUACAAUGGGGUCGUUCCCUUGAUCGCUUGAGUACCGAGAUCGGCAACGAUCUUGACGGCGACUCGAGUUCACAGGACGAUGGCCCGAGUGUUGCACGGCGCGAAACCAGUAUCAUACUGGAAUCGCAGCAGAAGAGCCGCACAACCUUGGCUGUGGAGGCGCUUUGGGAUGAAGUCGAGGUUGUCAGUGACUGGGAGGCAAUGCUUGAUUUGCUUCUCCUAGACCACUCAGCAGGCGUGGAUCCCUCACAAGGUGGUACACCCGUGUCUGCACGACGAAAGAAGACGAAGAAAGUUGUCGAUGAUGUACUUGUAGACGAGGCAUGGAGACUCGAGGAAGCUGAGGAGGCGAUCCUACUCGACGUAUUCGUUGCAACCUUGCGCCAGUCAAAGAUCGGAGCUGCUGCAGCUAAAAAGGGUGAAGAGGACGUGGUCGGUUCUGAUAUUACUAGGGAAUUGAUCAACAAUCUCCCGAGCCUAAUCGCAAAGCAUCAGACGGACGAAAGCCGGAUUGCUAAUGUACUUCUCAUUCCGGAGCUCAUGAACGUGGAUAUGUAUCUAGAGAUGCGCAUGAUAACGGCCUAUGAAUCUCUUUGGGACGAUGUCUCAAAGCAAUUUCUCACGCAUUCAUCUGCCUUAGUUUUAUCCAACUCCAUGGCGGCAAUUAGACACUUUAUGGAAGCAACUAGUCUUUCUAAUACAAACAGCACGAAGAUCCUCGAACUCGAAGAUGAGCUUGCGUCCUCCCUCAGGGAUGCUGUUGGUGGGAGAAAUGAAUUGGAAGUUGCUACGUUUAGUGAUGAUGAAGCACGAACGCUCGGCGCUAUCUGCGCCCGGCUAUGUGCCCUCGCCAGUUCGCGGGAUUUAACGUCAUGGAUGGAAGAAGAUGAAGGCGGCAAACAGAGUAAUGCUUGGGAUAUCAUCUGUGCCUUGGCGGAGAGAGGCCGGUUAGGUUACAAGGAGGAAGAAUUGAUGGUCGAACGUGCAUUACAAUUGCUCUCAUUACACAUUAUUUGGAAGGCGAGACAUUUUAUACGCACCCCGGGUACGUCGACCGAUAAGGAGCAAUUGCAAGACGCAGUUCAUGAGCAGAGAGAUGUUCUUCUCGGGAAGCUUGUCGAAUACGCCGUUGGGACUCAAUCCAAUACCCUGCUUGGAGUAAGGCGUGCCGCAUUCCAAAAUCUCUUAACACUUUACGUCCUGUUCUCUGCUGGUUCUGAAGGAGUCGGGCCGGAAGAAUCACCACUUGCUCCUUUAACGUUAUCUAUGAAUGACGAACUCCAAUAUCGUUGCGCCGGUUUCGUACAGGCUGAGAUCGAGCGAUACGCAGAGGAGCUGGAAGGCGACCGUCCGGUUCCUCCAGAUGAGAACCAUGAUGGUAGUGAUUUGUCUAGCGACGUGGAACAGGAAACUCCUGGUGCAAAGCUUAAGCAGAAAAAGGGAAGAAGGAAAGAGGAGCUUAACGAGGAGCCGAUUGUGAUAAAGAGCAAGGCUUUGCUCGAACAAGAAUACAUCUUCAAUACCACUUUGACAAGUUUCUUACGUGCACUGAAAGCAGGUGUAAUCCAUGUCCGACACGGAGCAAUCUUAUUGGCACAUUAUGGUCGUCUUGGCGCAGCCGUUGAUCUAUCAACUAAAUUAAUGGUCGAUAUUCUCCGAGAAGAAGGUCUUGCAAAGGGCCAUGGAAAGCUUGUCGUUGGGGUUGUUGUGGACGCUUUGCGGGAGUCAUUUACUCUGCUCCUGGAUCGCAUCGUCGAGACAGAGGUUCAUGCUUUAGCCUUAGCAAGGGCCCUUGUACCCUGCCUCGUCAUGCGAGGAGCACAGCUGUCCAUUAUUCGAAAGCUUCCCAGUGAAUACAUCGUCGAAAUACAUACAACUCUCCUAUCCUGGAUCACGAAGAAGAUCUCUGCUUUCGAGACAACAAAGAACAAAAGAGGACGAACGAAGUCUAUCUCAUUCUUCAGGGUGCUCCAGCAUUUACUCAUUGGUCUUGAUCCAAGCGAUGCUUUGAAAAUCAAAGCUCACCUUGAUCAGGAUAUUGCUAUGCUUGGAAUUGAGAUUCCACCGACCUCGAAGGCAUGGGAACCUUAUCGAGCCUACGAGAAGAGGCUUUCAAACGUCACGACGAAGGAGAAAGGCGCGUCUGGUAGGAAGGCCGCUAAAGCCGCUGCUGCUGGCACGAAAGGUAGCGACUUUGCAUCCUCCGAUGACGACGAAGGGGAAGUCGAAAGCAUAAUCGAAACGAAUGGCAUUUCAAGUCAGCCAGUUGCAUCAAAAGUGCGACCGAGGCCAGCCUAUCAAAAACAGCAACCGUCGCAGAAUGGUACUGACGACGCACAGUCAGAAUUGACGGAGCUCACUGGGGACGAACGUUCUCCGACACGGGACCUGGAACCGGAACCAGAACCAGAUCUAGACCCUAUGUCCACUCUGCGUUCGACGAAUGGGACGGCUGAAUCACCUGUACAUUCACCUUCACCGACGCCUUUCGAAUCCACUCCUGGGAAGAAGCGCAUCCGAACUGAUUCUACCAACGGCAUUGCCGAUGCACCAGUAGAGGCAGGAGCCUCUUCCGCACCCACCCAACAUGGAGAAUUCAUCGUGCGUCGCAAACGCGUGCGGCAUUAGUCGAUCUUCAGUGUCUUUCUACCCGAUGAUUUAUAGCAUCAAUAUAAUGU